GGAUGUGAGGGCCCGCAGGAGUGGAGCUGGGCUCUCCGCCGUGCGCCUGCCACCCUACGAGCUCUGGCCUUCGGCGCUGCCCACAGUCCUCAUGGUGGGCGCCCCCCAGGGAGGGCACCGGUGAACAGCAGAGGCAUGCCAGGGAAGCCCAAGCACCUGGGCAUCCCCAACGGGCGAAUGGUUUUGGCUGUCUCAGAUGGAGAGCUGAGCAGCACAGCAGGACCUCAGGACCAGGGCAAGGGUCGAGGCAGUUCCCUCAGCAUCCACAGCCUCCCCAGUGGCCCCAGCAGCCCCUUCCCCACUGAGGAGCAGCCUGUGGCCAGCUGGGGCCUGUCCUUCGAGCGGCUGUUGCAGGACACACUGGGCCUGGCUUACUUCACUGAGUUCCUGAAGAAGGAGUUCAGUGCUGAGAACGUGACUUUCUGGAAGGCCUGCGAGCGCUUCCAGCAGAUCCCUGCCAGCGACACCCAGCAGCUAGCUCAGGAGGCCCGCAACAUCUACCAGGAGUUCCUAUCCAGCCAGGCCCUGAGCCCCGUGAACAUCGACCGGCAGGCCUGGCUGGGUGAGGAGGUGCUGGCCGAGCCCCGACCCGACAUGUUUCGAGCACAGCAGCUUCAGAUCUUCAACUUGAUGAAGUUUGACAGCUAUGCGCGCUUCGUGAAGUCGCCACUGUACCGCGAGUGCCUGCUGGCAGAAGCUGAGGGGCGCCCCCUACCGGACCCUGGCUCCUUGGGCCUCGGCAGCCCCGAUGCCACAAGGAAGAAGCCGAAGCUGAAGUCCGGGAAGUCGCUGCCGCUGGGUGUGGAGGAGUUGGGGCAGCUGCCACCCUCUGAGGGCCCUGGGGGCCGCCCGCUCCGCAAGUCCUUCCGCAGGGAACUGGCAGGCACAGGGGCAAAUUUGGCCUUGCGAAGAGAGUCCCAGGGCUCCCUCAACUCCUCAACCAGUCUGGACCUUGGCUUCCUUGCCUUUGUCAGCAGCAAAUCAGAGAGCCAUCGCAAGAGCCUUGGGAGCUCAGAAGGUGAGAGUGAAAGCCGACCAGGGAAGUACUGCUGUGUGUACCUGCCCGAUGGCACAGCCUCCUUGGCCCUGGCCCGACCUGGCCUCACCAUUCGUGCCAUGCUGGCAGGCAUCUGUGAGAAACGAGGUCUCUCUCUUCCUGACAUCAAGGUCUACCUAGUGGGAAACGAGCAGAAGGCCCUGGUCCUGGAUCAGGACUGCACCGUGCUGGCGGACCAGGAAGUGAGACUGGAAAACAGAAUCACCUUCGAGCUCGAGUUGGCUGCGCUGCAGCGCGUGGUGCGUAUCUCCGCCAAGCCCACCAAGAGGCUGCAGGACACGCUGCAGCCUAUCCUAGGGAAGCACCACCUGAGCCCACAACAGGUUGAGCUGCGCCGGCCAGGCGAGAAGCAGCCGCUGGAUCUGGGGAAGCUAGUGAGCUCGGUGGCGGCCCAGAGACUGGUUUUGGAUAUUCUCCCAGGUGCGGAGAUUUCCGAAGCUGGCAACACAUCACCCUGCCUUAGCCUGGUGAGCGAGAGGCGGGGAGCCCCCCAGCCCUCUUUUGCCCCCCACACCUCCCCUCCUGCUAGUGGCUCUGACCCCACGUUCUUGCAGUGUGCCCCACCUGGAACCCAGGACAAGGCCACCUAUCCUUCUCCACUACCACUCAACUCCCUGGCUGAGGCGCCCAGUAAUGCCACUGGGAAACGACAGACCUGUGACAUUGAAGGUCUGGUGGAGCUGCUGAACCGGGUGCAAAGCAGUGGGGCCCAUGACCAAAGGGGCCUUCUGCGCAAAGAGGACCUGGUGCUUCCAGAAUUUCUGCAGCUGCCUGCCCAAAGGCCCAACUCCCAGGAGAACCCACCACAGACUGAAUCAUCAGCCCAGCCCAAGGGUGUUUCCUUGGACUCCACUGCCCACUCUGCCCUUUGACAGCUGCCCAACAGUCCGGGCUGGCUACAUGGCACCUAGCGGGCCAAGCAUGCCAUGGUCCUGCUCUGCAUGCCCUGUCUGUGCUGUGAGUGUCCCUGACCCUUUCCUGACAUGAGCAGGCAUGAAGGAAGAGACAGGAGAGGGUGGAGAGGGGCUCAGAGUAGCCAUACACCACAGCUGCCACCACUUGGUCCCUCAUAGACUUGCCCACCCAUCCCUUGUAGCCAGGCCACUGCCGGGAGGUAGGGCUCCCCUCUUUCUUUCUUCCCACCCCCGUGCAGGCAUGUUAACAGUGUGAGCCUCCACACCCUGUGCCAAGCUUCAUCAGGGAGCAGGAGGAGGGGCAGGCCCCUCCUCAGGGAGCUGAUAUGAGGAAGGCCUGGGAGGUAUAGGUGGGCAGCCCCUCCCUCUACCCACUGGACUCUACUGGACAUACGGAUUUUACAUUUGGCUUGGGGCAGCUGGGUUUGUCCUGGAUGUAUAAUAUUGUUAUAAUAAUAAUUAUUCUGCCUUGAGGUGUUUCCUUGUGUACCCUGUAUACCCCCCAAUACGUACACCACACUGCAUCCGUCAUCAAGGUUACAGUGCCCAGAAGCUCCUGGGGACCUUAGGAUGUGCCCCCUGACUUCCUGAUAUCAGAACUUCUCUUCCUGGCUGCACAGAAUAUGGGGGGGCGGGGG